AGCCGCAAGCUGUCGGCGCCGCAUCGUCGCGUCGUCUAGUGCGUCACGCUUUCAGUCGCCUUCCGAAUCUCGUUUACUACGCUACACUUAAACAACAACAAAAAAUCUCGGAAAAAAUCAACAAAAAAUUGUUUAUUCCAUUUAAAAAGCAGGUGCGCUCCAGCACUUAGCACGACUUACGGAUCCAUAUCAAGUAACGAGAGCAAACAACGACGAAAGCACUUGAUAUUCAAAUAAAUACCAAAAUAAAUACCAACUAAUGUAACUGUAAAAACGCACACUAAAAACUUCAAAAACAAUGCGGAAAAGUGCAGAGGAUUCGGUUGACUGCAUGAUUUCUUCUAAUACGAGUGAUAAACGUAGUUCCUGCCAUACAACACCAAAUGGAUUACCUAUAGUACCCAAAGCAACAUUCCUGUCGCUAUGCCUGCUCUUAAUGUUCAGUCGCUGCUCGUCCCUGGAUGAACUCGGCAAUAAAGCGUCGGGCAUCAGUGAAAGCUAUGAGGAAUUAAAAUUUGAUCAUGAAGUAUCAGAGCAGGACGCUGAGCAAGCGCUACGAAAACUGAAUGCAACUCGUGCCGGCAUACAGAACUCUUGCAAUUCGAUGGACUGUGGGCAAUAUUUAGAUUAUUGCUGGACGCCACAAUUCGAGAAAGAUCAUUGCUGGUGUGAACUGCAGCAUCGAGAAGAGGGUCUGCCCUAUAAAGCACAUAAAUGCUUUGUGGAGGAGAAGAUCUAUAAGCCUUCGGUAGGCUCUUGCUAUUUCUUCGAGGAAGUCAAGGAAUGCUGUUGUGUAUCCGCUUUUCUCAGAGAGUGGCGUCGCAUCUCGAGUGCUCCAUUAAGCAGGGCACAACCUGUGCUUAGCUGCCUGCUGGCUAUACUAAGUUUACUGCAUUGGCACAGCAGAAGGCAUUAAUAUUGCUUAGGUUUAAGAUUCUGGGCGGGGCCGAAGCGUGGCGUACGAUCUACUGAAACGAAGUUAUAGUCAUAUACAUAGUUUUUAUCCAGCCAUCUAUAAGUGUACUUAGUUGAAAAUGUUAAACACGAAUCAAACUUACUUGGUGAGCAAUUGUAUAUUAAUAUAAUUAAGCAUUAAUAAAUAUAAGUGUGUAUGUCUAAAUAUAUGAUGUAUGUAUGCAUAA